CAAAUUCCACAGCCAAAUCAUAUCCUCACAAUCUCUUCUAGCAAGUAUUUUUCUUUCUUCUCCAAAGUCAAUUGUGAACUAAAUCCUCUUCUAAAGUCAUAACAUAGACAGAAAUGGCUCUUCUAUUGCCUGGUAUUCUGCAUGCUAAGCAGAUUAUCCGCAGGUCUGUUUCUGGUCUUGCUAAAAAUGUUCCAAAAGGCUACAUUGCAGUCUAUGUUGGAGAGGAACAGAAGAAGCGGUUUGUGGUACCCAUAUCAUACCUGAAUAAACCUUCAUUUCAAGAAUUGCUAAGUAAGGCAGAGGAAGAAUUUGGGUUUCAUCAUCCCAUGGGUGGCCUUACAAUUCCCUGCAGAGAAGACAUCUUCAUUAAUAUCACUUCUCGCUUAAGUGAAUUUUAGUACAUGUCACUAAAAUUGAUCAGAGCAGACAGAUUUGUGCAUUUCUUCUCUUUGUCAGAAUGGAUAGAGCAAGAAAUGUCUACCAAGUGAUGAAAAAUCACUGCAGUUUCUCAAGGAAAUGAGUCUACUUAAGGUCACUUCACUUGGGUAGACAUUUUCCCAAGAUCAUUCAGACUAUAAGCAUAUUCUCCAAUGGGUGCAGACGACUCAAGGUCACCAUAUGUAUCAGAAGGCCUUAUUUCAAUGCCUGCCAUGAUCUCACUGGUUGCUUGAAUCACUCACAAGAAAGAUGAAAGACAUGAAAACCACUAGUCCAUUAAACAUGAACUGUCAGACAAAUUAAAGAAAAAGCCGUUCCUCUUGAGUUUUGAAUUAAGAUAAUUGAUUUAUUCAUUCAUUUCAUUGUAAAAUUUUGCAUUGUCUAUGAUGAAAUUAAGGAUUCUGAA